AUGGAUAAAUUAGUGAAAAGAGUAAAAGAAUGGAAGGGUGUAUCCAGGAACCAAGACCAGGAGUUGAGUAGGAGUCAAUACUCGUUGGUGUCAACUGGUGAGCUGACUGCAGAAGCUCUGCAGGUGUGGCUCAAACUCCCGAAGAAGAUCAAGUACGAUCCAGAUUUGGAACCGUUUCAGAAGAAAUACGAGAAUGAAAUCGCAAAAUCGGACAGCAUACCCCUGGAACAGCAAAAUGGGAAUCGUGAGACCAAACGGCUGCCCUCGGUCAAGUCAGCACCGCACCUCAAUAAUAAUCGAGAGGAGAAGGAGAAAUGUCCUGAUGCUGUCGAGAUACAUCCACAGAAAGACAAUUGCCUUGGCGAAAAAUCGUCAGAAAGACAAAGUAAGAUCCAAUGUGCCAGACAUUAUAUCAAGAUGUCUUUCUUGCUUGCCUGCUGGGUCUUCUUUACUCUCGUCUUCCUCAUGUACAAUGAAAAGGAGCACAUUGUGAGAAACAGUAAUUUAAACCCAGGGGAAAUCAAGACAUAUUCGCUAAACGUAUCAAAGACCGAUUUAGCAGUAUUCCUCCGGCUCAAAGGACCAUUUGUUUCGGAGCAAACUAAAAAUAAAAUGAACGCCAGCGAAUUCGACGCUACACAGAAGAUGACUGUAUGGUUAGAACAGCUGAGCACCGGUCUGAUUUCAGAACAGUGGCCUAUUCCCCUCCAAGAAGCCGAUUUUGACUUCAUAGCUGGCGAAACGAGAUCGUCCGUUCUCAAGCUAUCAGCUAAGAACGCUUCGGAUAUGGCACUGCGCAUGAAGACGACGUCCAAUCAGAGCGCCCCCUUCAGUAUUACAUACACGAUAGAUCCUAUAGACCCAACUACAGGCGUUAUUUAUGCGUGCGCGCUGCUCUGCGGGUUGUAUGUCUUGAUUAUUUUUGAGGUUGUAAACAGAACAAUGGCAGCUGUAAUCAUAGCCACCACAGCGCUAGGAGUCAUCUCCAUGUUGGGAGAACGACCCUCGCUACCCGAACUGAUUUCCUGGCUGGACGUCGAGACUCUUCUCUUACUCUUCAGCAUGAUGAUCCUCGUCGCCAUCAUGGCGGAGACCGGCAUGUUUGACUUCUUGGCUGUAUACACAUUUGAGGUAACCAAGGGAAAGCUUUGGCCUCUCAUAACGGUGCUGUGUGCGAUCACUGCGUUCCUUUCGACGUUUCUGGACAACGUCACCACAGUUCUACUCAUGACGCCCGUCACCAUAAGGCUAUGUGAAGUCAUGGAUAUGGAUCCAGUUCCAAUACUGAUGUCAAUGGUGCUGUUCAGUAAUAUUGGAGGAACAGCUACUCCUGUCGGUGACCCGCCAAACGUGAUCAUCGCAUCUAACAAGGCAGUGGUUCAAGCUGGCAUAAAUUUCACAAACUUCACAAUGCAUAUGACGCUCGGCAUCGUGUUGGUCUGUGUUCAAACGUACUUCCAAUUGCGUUUCAUCUAUAGAGACACGAACAAGCUACGUCUGAAUGUACCUAGAGAUAUACAGGAUCUUCGUCAUCAGAUUUCAAUAUGGCGGCGCGCGAUUGAGUCUCUACCCCACUUGAGCAAAGACACGCACGUGGUAAGAGAAAGACUUGAGAAGAAGAUGCGAAAACUGACAGCCCGACUAGAAGUGAUGGUCAAGGAGAGUAGCAAGAGAGUCUGUCCGAAAGACACAUUUCAUACCACUUUGAUGCAACUGAAGGAUAAGUACAAGAUAAGAGACAAGUUGCUGCUGCUAAAGUCGACGAUAGCGAUCUCCUUCGUCGUCGUUGUCUUCUUCCUGCACUCUAUACCGGAACUUAAUAGAGUUUCCCUUGGUUGGACUGCGCUCCUGGGAGCAAUCCUGCUGCUGACGUUAGCUGAUAGAGAAGACCUGGAACCCAUCCUGCACAGAGUGGAGUGGUCCACACUGCUCUUCUUCGCUGCGCUCUUCAUUCUAAUGGAGGCGUUAACAAAACUAGGUCUGAUUGAGUUUAUAGGGGGCCUCACUGAGGCACUUAUACUGAAAGUCGACGAAAGCGCAAGAUUGGCUGUUGCCCUAAUUCUGCUAUUGUGGGUUUCAGGCGUGUCUUCAGCGUUCGUAGACAACAUACCACUCACUACGAUGAUGGUUAGGGUGGUGACUGCGCUGGGCUCGAACCCAGCGCUCAAUUUGCCCAUACAACCGCUUAUAUGGGCAUUGUCCUUCGGCGCUUGUUUAGGAGGCAACGGCACGCUGAUCGGCGCAAGUGCAAAUGUGGUAUGCGCAGGAGUCGCCGAGCAGCACGGCUACAGAUUCACGUUCAUGCAGUUCUUUAAAGUGGGUUUUCCAGUUAUGAUCGGCCAUCUUGUUGUGGCCACCGCCUAUCUUCUCCUGUUUUCGUUUUGGUUUUCGAGAAGACUGUAUACAUAUGUGCAAGCGCAUCUUCUGUUAAACAACACCUCGAACAGCGAUAUAGCCAAAUGCCUCACAAUGGAUAAUCUGUGGUGUCACAAGAAAUCUCAAAACCGGGAAUUGAACCGGAGUACCUAUUCCCUUGUUUCGUGUGGUGACGUCACAGCGGAUACUUUGCAGUCGUGGAACGAAUUGCCAGAAGAGAUUAAGAAGGACCCCUCGUUGGAUCAGAUAAGGCAAAAAUGCGAAGAGCUUGGAGGAGACCUAAAUCAGACGCUAAAUGGAAGCCGAAAAGCCAAAUCUACGAUAAACUCAGACCCAAUAAUAGAAGAUUUGUCACCCAAAAGUGGCGUCGAAGAAUUUAUUUUGGAUGACGUCACUUGUAGUGAUAGAGAAACCAAUGAUUCACCCAGUAAUAGAAAGAAUAAAGCGCAAUCUAAAAGAACGUGGCAUUAUAUAAAAAUGACAUUACUACUCGGCUGUUGGGUGUUCUUUACUGGCGUGUUUCUGACGCACAACGAGAAACAUGAAGUUUUCAAAACUACCGCCGUUUUACCAGAUCAGAUAAAUAAUUAUUCCUUAAUAACUAGAAAUGCAGACUCAAUAUCAGUCAAAUUAAUUGGACCGUUUCUAACGUCUCAGAUGGAACGAAAUCUAAACGUCACUGAUUAUGAAGCGAGGGAAAGAAUGGUGGUAUGGCUUGAAGGUUCUACUGAGGUAUCAUCUCCUUGGAACUUAACGCUCUCAAACAAUCUAAAUUAUAAUGAAGGAGAGACGAGAUCACACAUUUUCCGCCUAAAUAGCACAGAUUAUAUUUUACGAUUGCGCACAACGGCAUCUACAGUUACCGCGUUUAAACUUAGUUAUAGUUUGAAUCCACUAGAUGCCGCUACUGGUGUUAUUUAUGCGGUUUUGUUGUUAUGUGGAUUGUAUGUACUGAUUAUAUUUGAGAUUAUAAAUAGGACGAUGGCUGCCCUUUUAGUAUCCACAACAUCAUUAGCUGCUCUGGCUUUAGUUGGCGACAGACCAACACUACCUGAGCUGAUAUCCUGGUUGGACGUGGAAACUUUGCUGCUACUCUUCAGCAUGAUGAUACUGGUUGCAAUCAUGGCGGAGACUGGGAUAUUUGACUUUUUGGCUGUUUUCACGUUUGAGGUUACAAAAGGCCGACUCUGGCCAUUGAUAUUUCUUCUGUGCAUUAUAACGGCUGUUUUGUCCACGUUUUUGGAUAAUGUGACGACUGUGCUACUGAUGUCACCGGUUACUAUAAGGCUAUGUGAAGUUAUGGAGUUAGAUCCAGUACCGAUAUUAAUGUUCAUGGCGAUAUAUAGUAACAUUGGUGGAACAGCGACACCUGUUGGUGACCCACCGAACGUGAUCGUCGCUUCGAACAAGGCUGUUAUUCAGGCUGGAAUCAAUUUCACGAACUUCACAGCCCAUAUGUCACUUGGUGUCGUCUUCAUUCUCGUACACACGACAUUGCAAAUUAAAUAUAUUAUGUACAGAGAUGUAAAUAAACUCCGAGUCAAAGUGCCUAGAGAAAUACAAGAAUUACGUCAUCAAAUUUCAAUAUGGCGCCGCGCGGCAGAUUCCCUCCCACAUUUGAGUAAUGGCGUAAAUAUUGUUAGGGAACGAUUGGAAAGAAAGAUCAUUAAACUGAACAAGCAGCUUAACGCCAUGGUGAAAGAGAGGAACAAACGUGCAUGCCCUAAAGACACUUUUAAAAGCACAUUGGAGGAGUUAAAAGGGAAGUACAAAAUCCGCGAUAAGGGUCUACUUGUUAAGUCCACAGUAGCUAUAGUCUUUGUCGUUACUGUAUUCUUUCUACACUCCAUACCAGAGUUGAACAGGGUUUCAUUGGCAAUGACGGCUCUGCUCGGCGCCAUCUUGUUAUUGACGCUGGCUGACCGCUCGGACAUCGAACCUAUACUACACAGAGUGGAAUGGUCCACAUUACUCUUCUUUGCUGCACUAUUUGUACUUAUGGAGGCUCUAUCUAAACUAGGCUUGAUCCUGUACGUCGGAGGUCUAAUGGAACUACUCAUUCUACAAGUCGAUGAAAGUUACCGAUUGGCAGUUGCACUCAUGUUGAUUAUAUGGGUAUCCGGUACAAUAUCAGCGUUCGUAGACAACAUUCCACUGACAACGAUGAUGGUGCGAGUGGUGGUAUCUAUUGGUACCAAUCCCAAAUUGAACUUACCGAUGGCACCACUUAUUUGGGCGUUGCUGUAUGGAGCUUGCUUGGGCGGCAACGGUACGUUAAUCGGUGCAAGUGCGAAUGUCGUCUGCGCAGGAGUGGCCGAACAACACGGCUACAAGUUCACCUUUGUGAAGUUCUUCAAAGUGGGCUUUCCCAUCAUGAUUGGACAUUUGGUCGUGUGCUCUUUGUAUUUGUUAGUUUGUCAUUGUGUUUUUGAAUGGCAUUAA